GAACACGGAAAUGCCAUCCUUCGCUGUCCGAAAGGAGCUUCAAGAGCGUUACAACAUCGACAGGAGACACAUCUAUGACUAUUUUCACAGCAAGGGUUUACGAGUCGUCAAAGAAGAUAAACACGGUAAUGCUGUUGUCCCCAAGGAUAUGGUUGGCUCGCCAUCGCUGGUAGAUAUAUGCGUGAUAUAUGCUGCCACAUCAAUUUUCACCUGACCGCUACUACUUUUAAUCAUCCAGCCGAACCUUCGUCCUUUAAGGCAAGCUCCCCCUAAAGAUCCCAUUUUAAUGCGUCGUCACCCUGCGCACCUUUUGAGCAAUACCACCCGCAAUGGCACUCCCCUCAAACCCCGCGGAAUUACCAAAAGUAAACCUGGUCGCCCAAGAAAAAAUGUUCCGAAGCAAAGAGUCCCGUCGACCGAGACGAUAUUUUCCCG